AUGUUGCGGUGGUAUCAGACAAAGCUGGCCGCGCGGCCACUGCUCACCCCGAGCAUUACGACGGCAGCGCUGUUUGGAGCUGGCGAUGUUCUUGCUCAGCAGCUCGUCGACCGAAAGGGCUUUGAUAAGCACGACUACGCCCGGACGGGCCGCAUGGUCAUGUACGGAGGAGCGAUCUUCGGACCCGCUGCCACAACCUGGUAUGGCAUCCUCCAGCGCAACAUCGUCCUGAAGAGUACUGCUGCCACCAUCGUCGCUCGUGUCGCUGCCGAUCAGGCCCUCUUCACGCCUACACACCUUUUCUGCUUCCUGUCUUCCAUGUCUAUCCUGGAAGGCAAUGACCCGAUCGAAAAGUUGCAGAAGUCGUUUUGGCCGACAUACAGGGCCAACCUGACACUGUGGCCGGCGGUGCAAUUGGCCAAUUUCUCGAUCGUGCCUUUGGAACACCGGGUCCUGGUGGUCAAUCUCGUCAGCUUGGGCUGGAAUUGCUUCUUGAGCUUGGUCAACAGCAAGUGA